AUGGAAAUUUUAAUAAAUAAACUAUUUAAAUAUCAUUUUAUUAUGAGCUGGUGCCUAACCCCUGAAAUUCAUCCUAAAUACCUUUAUUGUCCUUCAAAGCAGCUCAAGAAAUUGAAAGCUCCUUUCAGCCAGUUCAGAAAUAAGAAAAAAGAAAGCAAAUGGGUGCGUUCUGAAACAUAUUGAAAAAUAAAGCACAAUAUACAGAAAAGAUUUAGGCACGGGCGAUUUCAUAAGAAAAGACUAAAGUAUAACAAUUACGAAUGCACAUACUAUUCUGGACAUUAUUAUUACUAUAAGCAAACAAAAGAUCCAAAAGAAGUUUAUGAGAAAAGAUUCAAUGUUAGUAAAGUUAUAGAAACAGUCCAUCAAAACACUAUAAGGCUGGAAAACUUAGAAGGCGCAAUUGAAAAAUCUAAAGAAAAUAAUGGGAAAAAGAGGAAAAGAGUAAAAAAGGAUUAUGAAGAUCGAUAUAUUGACUUAGGCAGAAAAGCUUCAAUUGAUAAUCUGAUAUAUCUACCUCCCCACUUCUGUGAGCGAGCAAAACCAUUUGAAAAAUCCAUAGUUUUUGUCAGUAAGCAGAUGAGUGUGUUUUUAUAUAAAUUUUUUUUUAUGAAAAACAAAUUUUGAUAUAUAAGUGAUAUUUUAAAAACAUAAGUUUAUGAAUUAAAUUAAAUUUUACGAAUAGGGAUGUUUUAAAUUUCAUAAAAAAUUGUUAUAUAAAAUUUUUAUAUAUAAUUUUUUAAAAUAAUUAGCCCCGGGCUCAAUUGGCAGUCUGGCUCUAUCUAGGCUCUAUCCGGCGGUCUGGUUCUACCUGGCAGUUUGACUCUGCCUGGCAAUCUUUUAGUCUGGUUUUACCUCUCUCUGUUGGCCCUGUCUGGCUGUUUGGCUCUACUGGCUCUACCUAGCAAUCUGCUUGAUGUGACUGGCUCUAUCUGGUAGAAAAAGAUUUAUAUCGAUAUUGCAUAAUUUUGUCAAGUCUGCAACAUAUUCUGUGAUUUACAGAGGGAUAAAUUGCUGAUAAAAUUGUGAAAAAGAAUUUAAUACUGAAAAUAAAUCGAAUUAAUAAAAGUUACAUAAUUGCAAUCAAUCAUAAAAUCAAGCUAUUUUACAUUUUAAAAUGUUUAAACGAAAUACUUUGUUAAAUAAUUUUUAAAUUAUAUAAAAAUAAAGAUAUAAAAAGCUUGGAAGGAAAUUUUAGACGUGUAAAAAAUAGAAGUUAUUUCGCAUUUUUAACUAAAAUUUGAUUAUUUUUUCAAAUUUAACAAUGGAUAUAAAGUGUUUAAAGCAAUAUAGACUCUCUAAAUGUUUGAUUUAUUAAUUAAAAGGUUCAAUUAAUUUGAAUCGCUUAUUUUCUAAGUGGGAGAUCACUGCCUAUAGAUCUGAACUGCCAGACUACCAGAUAGAAUUAGAUAGAACAAGAUUACUAGAUAGGGCCAGACUGCCAGAUAGAAUAAGAUAGAGCCAGACUACUAGAUAGAAUCAGACUGCCAGAUAGAGCAUAGAGUCAAUAGACCCAGCCAGGUUUGACCAACCCCUUCCGUUAGCGCACAAUUUUUGUUCGCUAUGGUGGGGGGAGUAAGCUUCUUUAUAUAA